AGCAGACAGAGCCUCAGCCGGCUGCAGCAGCGGUGGAGGGAGGCUCACUAACUGACAGAGAGGAGACAGAGGCAAACCUCCGUCCUUCGCGACACUUAAAACACCCGAAAGUGGAAGGAAAAGGGCGGUGAAAGAGCUGGACCCCGGAGAGAAUUCCGUUCAUUUUUAUUUAUGUUUUGUUUUUCUUCUCUACUUGAGGAUGUACUGUGUCCGCUGGCUAACCAGGUAGAGCGGCAGAGACUUGACUGGAUUUUCAUCACACCGCCGCUGCCGCCCAGUCGUUUGCUUCGGCAGGCAGAAACGGAGCCACGUACGGCGGCGGCCACUCAGCCACUCAGCCCCGACAGUGAGGAGGAGGAGAGCCAGUGACACGAGGAGCCACUUUCUUUUCGUAUUCCCACACAGCUUUAAUGAAGAGGCAAACCUGCUAACAUUCAUGCAGAAGGGACCCUCUUCAACAAGUAUGGGGUCACCAUGGAAACCAUUUCUCCUUCUGUCUGUCAUCAGUGGCCUUUCAGAUUUCGCAAGAGCUGUCGCAGCACGGCCUAUAUCGUACGCCGCAGUGUUACGACUGAGGCCGGACAGCUCUUCAUCCGUGCUCAACACGCGCAGCAGAUCCAGACAACCCCACAGUGGUGGGCUGGUGACGACUGACUGGCCUGUUUUCUCCAGUCACCCACUGUCAGCCCUGAGUCUGCUCAGCUCUCAGGAGGACUAUCGUAGCGAAGAAAGCGAAGAGUUCGGGCCCCUAUUUGUUCAAGAGCCGGACGAUGCUAUUUUUCCACUGGAUUCUAACGACAAGAAAGUGAUGAUGCACUGUGAAGCGCGGGGAAAUCCAACACCUAAGUACAGUUGGUACAUCAAUGGGACAGAAGUGGACUCGGAGGCGGAUUACCGCUACACUUUAAUUGAUGGAAACUUGAUUAUCAGCAAUGCGAGUGAGACCACGGACUACGGCAAGUACCAGUGUAAAGCAGAGAACAGCGUCGGGACCAUCUUGAGUCGAGAUGCUCACGUACAGUUUGCAUAUCUUGGUGCUUUCAGUGGGAAGACCCGAGGCGGGGUCUCGGUGCGUGAAGGCCAAGGUGUGGUUCUCAUGUGUACCCCUCCUAAUCAUUCACCAGAGAUUAUCUACAGCUGGGUGUUCAAUGUGUUCCCCUCCUUUGUUGCCGAGGACAGCCGGCGCUUCAUCUCCCAGAACACAGGCAACCUGUACAUCUCAAAGGUGCAACCAUCUGACGUGGGGAGUUACAUCUGUCUGGUGAAGAACACGGUGACAAAUGCCAGGGUUCUGAGCCCUCCAACGCCUCUGACACUGAAAACUGACGGUGUCAUGGGUGAAUAUGAGCCCAAAAUUGAAGUGCAUUUCCCUACAUCUGUUCUGGCUGCCAAAGGAGUCACUGUCAGGCUGGAGUGCUUCGCUCUGGGGAAUCCAGUGCCAACAAUCACCUGGAGGAAGAUAAAUGGCAACAUCCCCAAGAAGGCACGGCUCCGGAAGUCGCAGGCUGUGCUCGAAAUCCCCAACAUCCAACUGGACGACUCAGGAACUUACGAGUGUAAGGCUGAGAAUCCGAGAGGAGGGACUGCUUUCAAAGGACAUCUACAGGUCUACACCUUCCCUCUGUGGGUGAGAAUGAUUAAUGAUACUCAGAUGGAUAGCGGCGAGAAGCUCCAAUGGGAGUGCAAGGCCACAGGGAGGCCCCGGCCCACCUAUCGCUGGCUUCGUGACGGCUUGCCCUUGACAUCCCAGGGUCGCGUUGAAAUCGUGAACGGAGAUCUGACCAUUUACAAAGUGCAGCAGACAGACUCGGGGAUGUACCAGUGUGUUGCAGAAAAUAAAUACGGGGCCAUCUACUCCAGUGCUGAACUAAAGAUUUUAGCAUCAGCACCCGUUUUUGUUCCCAAUCCCAUACGGGUCAUUGCCACGCUUGGAAAAGACGUGUCGCUCGAAUGCAAACCCAGAGCAUCACCGAAACCACGGAUCACAUGGAAGAGAGGAGACAGGAGGAUACAGCCGAAUAAAAGGAUUAUGUUGUUACGGAACAACACUUUAAGGAUUGUUAACUCCAGCCGAGCGGAUGAGGGGAACUAUGUGUGCCGGGCGGAGAAUCAGUUUGGCUCGGCAGAGAUGACUGCCAUACUGUGGGUAAAAGAGGCCAUGCGUGUGGAGCUUAGCCCGAUCCGGGUGGAAGUCACUGUGGGGGAGAGCGUGGUGCUGAGCUGCAGAGCGACACAUGACACAUCGCUGGACGUGGCCUUCCAGUGGUUCUUCAAUCAGAGGCCCAUCAACUUCCAGCAGGAUGGCAGCCAUUUUGAAUACAUCCAAACAGUAAGAGUGAGACAGUCUGCAACAGUGGAUCUGAUGAUCAGGAGCAUAUUACUGAAGCAUGCUGGGAAGUAUGGGUGUCGGGCGCAGACCAUUGCCGACACUGUGUUUGCAGAGGCUGAACUUCUUGUGCGGGGUCCUCCUGGACCUCCUGGCGUGGUGAUAGUGGAGGAGAUCACAGAUACCACAGCCACCCUGUCAUGGACCCGUGGCCUAGACAACCACAGCCCUAUCACCACCUAUAAUUUACAGGCCCGCAGCCCAUUUUCUCUCGGCUGGCAAACUGUCAAAACAGAUCCAGACCCAGUGACUGGGGACAUGGAGUCGGCUAUCGCUGUGGAGCUCAACCCCUGGGUGGAGUAUGAGUUUAGGGUGGUGGCCAGCAACGCCAUCGGGACUGGAGAUCCCAGUGCACCUUCGAGAGCAGUACGGACUAAAGAAGCAGUUCCGGCAGUGGCGCCAGCCAACGUGAGUGGAGGGAAUGGUCGCAGGCAUGAACUGGUCAUCUCAUGGGAGCCGGUGUCUGAGGAGUUCCAAAAUGGCGAGGGCUUCGGGUACAUCGUCGCAUUCCGGGCCAACGGAACCCGAGGCUGGAAGGAGAAGAUGGUGACUUCGGCGGAUUCCACGACGUACAAAUACCGAGACGAGACCUUCCCUCCCCUCACUCCGUUCGAAGUCAAAGUGGGAGUGUACAACAAUAAGGGAGACGGACCAUUCAGCAAAGUGGUUAUCAUCCACUCUGCAGAGGGGGAACCGAGGGAAGCGCCGACAGACGUGAAAGCUCACAGCAUCUCCGCAUCAGAGAUCAGGAUCACAUGGAAACCUCCCAACCCCGGUCCCGGGCGACCCAGAGGAUAUGAGGUCAGCUACUGGAAAGACAUGGAGCAGGAAGAGUCGAGCAAAAAACAAAGAACGGUGAAAAACGAAACAUCCACAGUCCUGACUCAACUGGAAGGGAACAGUCUGUAUCUCAUCACGGUGAAAGGCUUCAACAGCAUUGGCCAAGGUCCUGCAAGUGCUGCUGUCACAGCCAGGACCAGGAAAGCCCCGCCGGCUCAACCUCCAGCCAGCCUCAUGUGGAUUCAAGAGGGCAACAACGUGUCAUUAAGCUGGGAUCCGGUGAAAGCAAAAGACAAUGAAUCUGAUGUCAUCGGGUACAUGGUGUUAAUCAAACAGGAGGGCAGAGGCUACAGCCAGGUGACAAGAACCAUAAACCCGUCCACCAUGCUCUCACUGCCGGAGGGGGGCACCUAUAUCAUUGAGGUGCGCGCUCUCAGUGAAGGAGGAGAAGGAGCCGUCAGCUCCCAGGUUCGAGUCGUCACCUCCUCCGGUGUUCGUGCAAAAAGCAACCAGUGCUCGGUGCACUCGCCGCCGCAGAGCCUAACAUGGGCAGCACUGUUGCUGGUUCUUCUGGUGCCUUCAGCUUCCUGGUGAGGCCACUGUGCCGUCCUCAUGUCCACAGAGGGAGCCACCAGUCUUUGCUCCCUCACUCCCUCUGACUGCCUGCUUGCUUUGGCCUUACCCGUCCCAAAGGGCCCAAGGACUGCCGAAGGGGGUCGAGUCUGCCAGUCAACCAUACAGCUCCUCUCACUUCAUCCUUUUUUCGAGU